AUGCACUUCGUCUACCAAGCCCUGUCCGCACUGGCGGCCUCUCUCCUCUUCUCAUCCGCCACCGCAGGGAUCGCGCACUGCAAGGUCGGGGAGGCAUGGCCCGAUAGCUUCAACUGCCACAACUUCUACGAAUGCGCUGCCGGAGGCGCCCCCGUCCUCAAGACCUGCGGGCCGGGUACUGCCUACUGCCCGACGACGGGUGUCUGUGUCCAGGAGGAGACCGUCCCCAGCUGCUUCCACAGGGGUCUUCACUCUGAGAACGAAUAG